UAUUUAUAAGAUGCGACUGGAAAAUAGUUGACCGCGAUGACGGGGGAGAGGAAAAGAGGACGACUCCAAUUAAUUCCAAGCGUCGUCUCCGUCGUCGCUCGCUCUCUACCCUAACGUAACUACGCCUUCCCCAACCGCCUCCGAUCACUUCUACUCACCACCUCGUCAUCCGCCGCCGCCGCCGGCGCCCUGAAACCCCAGAUCCUCUUGUAGCAAGCGAUUCGAUCGCCGAUGAGCGGCGGCGGAGCGGCGGCGGCGGCGGCGGCGGCUGGGGAGGGGCCGUACUCGGAGGCGAAGACGUCGGUGUGGUGGGACAUCGAGAAUUGCCAGGUGCCGAGGGCGUGCGAUCCCCACCUGAUCGCGCAGAAUAUAAGCUCGGCGUUGGCGGCGUUGGGCUACAGGGGCCCCGUCUCCAUCUCCGCCUACGGCGACACCAGCAACAUCUCGCCCGCCGCACAGCACGCCCUCUCCAGCACCGGCAUCGCCCUCAACCACGUCCCCGCGGGUAUAAAAGAUGCGAGUGAUAAAAAGAUUCUAGUUGACAUGUUGUUUUGGGCUAUCGACAAUCCUCCUCCUGCGAAUUAUUUGCUCAUUUCUGGUGAUCGGGACUUCUGCAAUGCCCUUCAUAAGCUACGUAUGAGAAGGUAUAAUAUACUCCUCGCUCAACCACCUAAUGUAUCUCAAGUGCUGGUUACCGCUGCAAAGAGCGUGUGGCUGUGGAGGUCCCUUCUUGCUGGCGGACCACCAUUAACAGAGUUGCCAUAUGUUAGUACUGUGUCAAAUGCCAAUGCAUCAGAGGUAAGUUCAUCUAAGACCACUAUACCAGAACCUGGACAGACAAAUCAGACUAUCAACGCUUCUGCUCUUGCCUUGAAUUUGGACAAUCAAAGGAGAAGUGGUAAUGGAAAGAUUGAUAAUCACCAAAGAGGAAAGCAAGUGUGGAAGACUGCACACAAAUAUCAGAAGGAUAUGAAUACACCUAGAACAACAAGUACUGAAUUACAGACGCAGCCAUCUGGAAGUCAAGAAGGUCUUUUUGAUGGAGUUUCUGAAAGUAAUAUUCAGAAACAGUCUUCUGCAGACCUGUCAAAUCAAGUUUCUACAUCUAUGGGCUCAAGUUCGAGAGCACAAGAGAAUGCCAACUCGAACUGCACGGUGAAAAAUCCUUUGUUCCCUGAAUCAUUACCUAAACCUAGUAAGUCACCUGCUAAAUCCGGUUAUUCUCACGAGAAUGAAGAAGCACUUCCUAAGGAAGCGCCUCACAAGUUCUUUGGAGCUAAUAAAUCCAACACAGCACGUCCAAGUUUUCCUCAACCAGAUAAUAGGUAUCCCAUGAACAAUGGGUAUAAGAACCCAAAUUAUCAGCAAACUCAAACUCAGCCAUUAAGACCGAGUGAUCUGCUGGCUUCUCAGCCUAAUACUGCGAAGGGGAGCUUGCAUUUGUCAAAUUCUCACAAAAGCAACCCUCAUCCACCUACAUCAAGGCCUAACGGCCCGCCUCUUAGUUCUCAACAACCCCGAGCAAUCAACCCACCUUUUACUUCAGCUGGAAACCCACCUAAUAGACCUACUUUUCAUCAACACAUUCCGCCUUUUCAAUCAUAUCCAGAGCCGUAUAAUAAUUAUCCUCCAGGCCCUGCAAAUGUCCUGCAUAAUAUGCAACCUCCAUAUUAUGAUUAUAGUCACAGGCCCCCGAUUACACAUCCUAUGCCUGGCAAUGUGCAUAAUCCUGGGUUCUGGGGAUGCCCAGAACCAUCAAGUGAUGUUCAAGGUCUCACAGGGAACAUUUUGCAAGCAUUGAACAUUUUGAGAAAUGAUAAAAUGGCCCCCACAGAAGCUAAUAUUGCAGAUUGCAUUCAUUUUGGGGAGAUGAAUAUUCCACAUUUCAAUGUUAAGAUGGCUCUUGACUAUUCCAUUCAGCAUCAGGUCGUUGUAAUGCACAAAUUAGGAGGCAAUUUGCCAUUUUUUGUGGGGAAAAAUGACUCACUUUGGAAAUGUGUGAAUGUGAUGGAUAGUACCAUUAAGCAUCCGAAGGAGACUUGGGACGCUGUUUCGAGGUUCCUUUCUUCUAGCAAGGGGCAUUCUAUGAUAUUGGCCUCUCAAUGCAUGUAUCAAGCUGCCACUAUACUAAAGAAGAAAUGCCUGAAACAUCUUGUUCUUGGUGAAAUUCUGCAGAUUUUGCAUGCUGCAAUCUCAGUGAAGAGGUGGAUUAUACCUCAUUCGUCUGGUUGGCAGCCAUUGACUCUCCAUGUAGAGGUCGUGGAUUUGAAAGCAGAAUCCAGUAGUAAUAGCACUAAAUGACAAAUCUCCUUGGAUUGAGGGGGAUCUGUGAGGUGAAACAAGUUUGGCUUCAUACUAUUUCACUGAAUUAGGUUCUAUUAUGGUAUAGAAUAAUAUAUAUAUAUAUAUAUAUAUAUAUAUAUAUAUAUAUAUAUAUAUAUAGAUGUGUAGAUAGUGGUUUUGUGGACACUCUGUGUUUCUUUUCUUCUUAAUGGUGAUACAAGAGCUCUUGGGAAUUUCGUUGAAGCAAGGAAGGACAGAACUAUUUAAAGUAUUUUGGAAAUGCAAACUAUUUGAAGUAUGGCUCCUUCCUGGUAGGCUGGGUUUAACAGGAGUAUUUGGACAGUCUGAUUGAAGGUGCUACAAAGAAUUGUUACGUUAAGGGGGACUAUCUUCUUUUGCGGGAGAUGGAAAAGAUACAUUAAAUCAGUCUUAAUUCAGAAUGGUAAUUAUGUUUGGAUCAAAUAUGAGUUGGUUCAGGUUGCUUUGCUCGUCUAUCUCAGAGGAUUAGCUCACUGAAGUUGUUAUUGGUACCCAAUAACUUCUGGUUACUCAUGUGGUAAGCAAGUGAAAGUAGAAGCAGAUGAAAGUUCCUUUAAAGUUAAAUACUUCCAAGUCACAAAUAUGAAAGGGAUGUAUAAGGUCUUAAUUCUCUUACAACAAAACUGUCGUGCUUUUGGUAAUAUAUGCAGAUGACUUAAUGAAGGACCAUUUGAGAUAUUUCUGGUCUAUGCUUCCCAGGAUGAGGAGCAGGUUUAUCAGGAGGAUAAACUAUCUUUAUAUUUCUUAAGCAGCUGUUUGCUAUCAAGUUAUCACUGAAGCUUCUGUUAUUCUACUGCUGCCACGGCAUCGGAAGAAGCUCAGAUUGCCCCAAAAAUGCAUGCCCAAACUUGUUUUUACUUUUUGAUCGUCAUCCCUGUUGACACUUUAGGUUUUUCUAGCUUGGUCUAUGGUCACCAACUGGGUGUGGGUCAUUACUUAUUGUUAUAAUAUGAUUUGGAUCCUCAGGUAACUAGUAGCUAUUUUGUGUCGUUUCCUUUGUUGGAUUUUCUAUUAGAUUUGGUUAAAGGCUUGUUCUCUUUGCAUCUA